AUGUCAUUUUUCAGUUCCAUUCGUCAGAAAGCUCCCUUUUUGGAACGUAUUGCUGAGAGUUUUACACCUACAAUGAGCAGGGAUGAAAAGUUUCGUCUACAAUAUAAAUUACCAAAUGAAGAGCAUAUUGUGGAUGAUACUAACACCGAUAUUACUUUCACCACCCCAUAUGGACCUCAUCGAAAAGAUGAAAAGAGAAUCAACGAUAAUGGAGCUCAGGUUACAUAUGUAUUUUCUGGUAAACUAUUUUUGACUCCCCAUUUUUUGGUGUUUAGGGAUGCAUUUGAUCAGAAUUCAUGUGUACUUAUAUUAAAUAUUUCUACAAUUAAAAGAGUGGAACGAUCCCCAUCACAAUCUUAUGCAUUUGCCUUGUUGGUGACGUUGUACUCAGGUACACAACUCCUUAUUCAAUUCAUUGGAUUACGUAACAGAUCAGAACAAUUUUGUGAAAAAUUAAAAGAAAUGUUGAAACAUAAUAUUCCUAAUGCUAAGAGACUACCUGAAUUCGUAGAGAGUUGUUAUUCUGAUUUUUUAAUUCAAAAGAAUAUUUUAAGGAAAAAAGAUAUAAUUGCCCCUAAAGCUGGAUUGGGACAACAUUUCAAGUAUCCAGGGCAACCUGAUAUCUCAAAAGAAAAAGCUAAAUUGAGAUUAUGGUUUGAAUAUUAUAAAGAAAAUGGUGAAAAUUUAGCCAUAAUACAAAAUCAUACAUUCCAAAAACUAGUUAGGAUUGGUGUCCCUAGUCGAAUGAGAGGAGAAAUUUGGGAAUUAUGUUCAGGUUCCAUGUAUUUAAGAUUUGCCAACCCUGGAGAAUAUGGUAGAUUAUUGGAGGAUAAUAAGGGUAAGACGUCUCAGGCAAUUGAUGAAAUUGAGAAAGAUUUAAAGAGAUCUUUACCAGAAUAUUCGGCAUAUCAGGCUCCACAAGGAAUUCAACGAUUAAGAAAUGUCUUGACUGCUUAUUCUUGGAAAAAUCCUGAUGUUGGCUAUUGUCAAGCAAUGAAUAUCGUUUGUGCAGGACUUUUGAUUUAUAUGAGUGAAGAACAAGCUUUUUGGUGUUUAUCAAAUCUUUGUGAUAUUUAUGCACCAGGGUAUUAUUCUAAGACCAUGUAUGGUACUUUAUUGGAUCAGAGAGUAUUCGAAGCAUUUGUUGAGGAUAGGAUGCCAGUACUUAAUGACUAUAUUGUAGAGCAUGAUAUUCAACUUUCUGUUGUAUCUUUACCAUGGUUUUUGUCAUUAUUCUAUACGUCAAUGCCAUUAGAGUAUGCUGUAAGAAUCAUGGACAUAUUUUUCAUGAAUGGCCCAAAGACCCUAUUUCAGGUAGCAUUAGCAGUAUUGAAAGUUAAUGGAGAUGAUAUUUUGCAAGCUGAUGACGAUGGUAUGUUUAUUGCUAUCGUCAAACAUUACUUUCAGACUUUACAUGAGAGUGCUCACCCAGAUUCACCAGAUAGUAAAUAUAGACAAAUAACCAAAUUUCAAGAACUACUAGUAACGGCAUUUAAAGAAUUCAGUGUCAUCACCGAGGAUAUGGUAAUACAUGAAAGAAAUAAAUACAAGAAAACAAUUUUCGAAAAUAUUGAAACGUUUGUAAAGAAAACCCAACUUCGUCGUAUGCCUAAAACUUUUAUUUUAUCUGAUAAAGAAUUGUCAAACAUUUAUGAUGUGUUUUAUCAAAGCGUUGAAACACAUAAGAUCAGUUUGGGGACAGGUUCAUCGAAUAUGACUUUUGACGUCUUCGUUCAAUUCAUGGGUAAAUUUUGUGACUGGGCAAAGCCUUCAAGAGAUGACAAUGAUCAGGUUUAUAAAACUCAAAAGCAAACAUUUUUAAGAAAAUUGUUCAAUAACUGGGAUUCUUCUAAACUGGGAGAAUUAACAGUUAAUGAUGUAGUCCUUGGGUUAGAUAGGAUGACUUCUCCGGAUCUUUUGGAAGCCAUGAAUUAUUUUUUCUCCUUAUAUGAUGAAGAUAAUGAUGGCCAACUUCAAAAGGAUGAUGUCUUACAGAUGUCAGAAGGUUUAUUAUUUUUGACUACUCCCUGGAAAACUGGUAAAUUUGUCGAUUUACUAACCAAAAAGGCUAUUGAGGAUGAUAUUGCUGAUGAAAUAGUAAAGGAAACUAGUAUUGGUCAACAAGCAAGUGGAGAGAUAGAAUUACCAUCAGGUGUUACUAUCGAUGAAGAGAAAUAUAAAGCACGUCAAUCAGAGCGUUAUUUAACGGCUGCAAGUAGUUUCUUACAGAGGUGCUUUGAAUAUGCAGAACCAUUACAACUUGAUAAAGAAGUGGAUCUAUUGGACUUAUCAGAUGAUGAAGGUAAGAGUGAUGAGGCCAAGCAAGCUAAGAAAAAGAAAUUUGCUAGCAUAGUGGCAAAUGCUGCAUUAGAUCCAACAAGACCUACCGUCAUUGAUCUUGCCACUUUUAGAAUGGUAAUAUUAGCCGAUGAAACAUACGAAUUAUUCUUUUCAACCACAUUAAGAAAAUCAAUACACUUGGAGGAAGGUGCUGAUGAUUCUGGUAAUAAUCAAGUUCUAAAGAGUAUGUUUGAUGGUAUUAUCGCUGAUGGAAGAAGAGUGGCCGAACGUGUCCGUCGUCGUGUUGAUUCAGUGGCUACCAAUAAAUCUAGAGCAGGUUCAAUUGAAACAAGUACUACAACAGAAUCUAUUCAUACCAGUGAAACUAAUAACAAAAUGGUAGAUUUAGAUGAUUUCACAACCGAUCAUCUCGAGGAGCAUGAAGAAUUGCUACAGAAUUCUUGGCUAGAUGUGGAUGAAACUACUGAUCAAAGUGCAAGACAAGAGAGAAAAAUAGAACCAAUGUCCUCUUCGCUAUCUGAGAAAGAACAAGACCUCAUAGAAUUUGAAGCAUAA